AUGGAUUCGGUAGAACUUUGCCUUCCUGAAUCUUUUUCCCUGCACUACGAGGAAGAGCUUCUCUGCAGAAUGUCAAACAAAGAUCGACACAUUGAUUCCAGCUGUUCGUCCUUCAUCAAGACGGAACCCUCCAGCCCGGCCUCCCUGACGGACAGCGUCAACCACCACAGCCCAGGUGGCUCUUCAGACGCCAGCGGGAGCUACAGUUCAACCAUGAAUGGCCAUCAGAACGGACUUGACUCGCCACCUCUCUACCCUUCUGCUCCUAUCCUAGGAGGUAGUGGGCCUGUCCGGAAACUGUAUGAUGACUGCUCCAGCACCAUUGUUGAAGAUCCGCAGACCAAGUGUGAAUACAUGCUCAACUCGAUGCCCAAGAGACUGUGUUUAGUGUGCGGCGACAUCGCAUCUGGGUAUCACUAUGGGGUAGCAUCCUGUGAAGCCUGCAAGGCAUUCUUCAAGAGGACGAUUCAAGGUAAUAUAGAAUAUAGCUGCCCUGCCACGAAUGAAUGUGAAAUCACAAAGCGCAGACGUAAAUCCUGCCAGGCUUGCCGCUUCAUGAAGUGUUUAAAAGUGGGCAUGCUCAAAGAAGGAGUGCGUCUUGACAGAGUACGUGGAGGUCGGCAGAAGUACAAGCGCAGAAUAGAUGCGGAGAACAGCCCGUACCUGAACCCUCAGCUGGUUCAGCCAGCCAAAAAGCCAUAUAACAAGAUUGUCUCACAUUUGUUGGUGGCUGAACCAGAGAAGAUCUAUGCCAUGCCUGACCCUACUGUCCCCGACAGUGACAUCAAAGCCCUCACUACACUGUGUGACUUGGCCGAUCGAGAGUUGGUGGUUAUCAUUGGAUGGGCGAAGCAUAUUCCAGGCUUCUCCACGCUGUCCCUGGCGGACCAGAUGAGCCUUCUGCAGAGUGCUUGGAUGGAAAUUUUGAUCCUUGGUGUCGUGUACCGAUCUCUUUCCUUUGAGGAUGAACUUGUCUAUGCAGACGAUUAUAUAAUGGAUGAAGACCAGUCCAAAUUAGCAGGUCUUCUUGACCUAAAUAAUGCUAUCCUGCAGCUGGUCAAGAAAUAUAAGAGCAUGAAGCUGGAGAAAGAAGAAUUUGUCACCCUCAAAGCAAUCGCUCUGGCUAAUUCAGACUCCAUGCACAUAGAGGAUGUCGAAGCCGUCCAGAAGCUUCAGGAUGUCUUGCAUGAGGCCCUGCAGGAUUAUGAGGCCGGCCAGCACAUGGAAGACCCUCGCAGGGCUGGCAAGAUGCUGAUGACACUGCCCCUCCUGAGGCAGACCUCCACCAAGGCCGUGCAGCAUUUCUACAACAUCAAACUGGAAGGCAAAGUCCCCAUGCACAAACUUUUUUUGGAAAUGCUGGAGGCCAAGGUCUGACUAAAAGCUUCCUGGGCAGUCCUUUCCUGCACGCCGAAAAAGGGAAAAUAACCCAAGAGUGAUGUCAAAGAAAUUUAGAGUUUAGUUAACAACAUCAAAAAUCAACAAAGACUGCGCUGAUAAUUUAGCAGCAAGACUGUGAAGCAGCUUUCAGAUUCCUCCGUAUCUUCCUGAGUUUCUUUUUACCUUCACCUUAUCUUUUCUCCCUAUCAUUUCUUCCUUUCUUUUCCUCUUUUUUUUCCCUCCCUCCCUAUUCUUCCUCUCCUUUGUUUCUUGCUUCCUUCAUUGCUGGUUCCCUCUCUCUCUUCCUUCCUUCCUUCCCUCCUGCCCUCCUUCCUUUCUUUUACUUCCCUCCCUCUUUUCUCAUUCUUCCCUUCUUUUAAAUUUUAAUAACUCUAGUUAUGAG